AUGGGAGAGAGGAUCUGUGCAGCUUUCGUACCGGUUAUUGCAGUGGUCAAUUUCUUGAUUUUUGCAAUGGCUAAUUGUUUUGAAUACCGGCACUGUCACAAGAAAUGCGACUAUGGGUUAACAGAUAUUACCCGUCUCUCCAAUGAGUCCCUCUGUACUUCUGCCUUUCAUUCAUAUGCAUUGUGCGAACUGUUCAAGGAGUUGAGUUGCUCAAUUAUUGAUGAUGGAUUGAUUCACAAGGAAGAGCUUCACUUAGCAUUGUUCCAGACUCCAUACGGCGAGAAUCUUCUUGUUGACGAGUCAAAAGUUUUAGGUUCGAGUCCCAAUGAUAUUGUUAGGAGAAAGAUUGUUUGCAAAUUAAAAGUUAAUCAUAUCCAUCAAUUCUAUGUGCUCGAACAUCGAUAUCAUAGUAAAAAAUUUGACUUGAAUGUAGCGAAGUGCAAGGUUAAGGCUGUGAUUGAUUGCAAUCAACCUAAACCUGCAGAGAGGCAAAAAACAAAUUUCACAAUGAGAUCAAUACGAAAUAAAUCACACACAAAGGGCAAUAUUUUAGGUGGUUCAACUCAAUUACCUAAUCCACAGAUGAGAGAGAAAUUCACUAUAAAUGUAGAGAUUACAAAGAGUACAAAAUACCAUAAACAAACACUAAUCUCGAGCCCUAAAACAAUCUUAAUUUCCAUAUUUCCUAGUAAUCUUUUCGAUCAAAAGAAAAAUGGUGUCAUUGAAUUCGAGGAAUUUGUGCUUGGACUCAACGUGCUUCAUCCCUAUACCACUAUAGAAGAUAAAAUUGAUUUUGCAUUUAGGUUGUAUGAUUUGAGACAAACAGGGUUUAUCGAGUGGGAAGAAGUUAAGCAAAUGAUAAUUGCCAUUUUGAUGGAAUCCGACAUGAAAUUGUCCGAUGACCCUAUUGAGGCUAUCAUUGAUAAAACAUUUGCUGAUGCUGAUGCCGACAAGGAUCGUAGAAUCAACAAAGAAGAAUGGAAAGCAUUUGUGCUUUGUAAUCCUAGCCUCUUAAAGAACAUGACUCUUCCUCAUUUAAGGGACAUUACUACCUUAUUUCCUAGUUUUGUUUACAACACUGAAGUUGAGAACCUGUAAUGUGAAGCAAUUUUUAGACCAAAAUGCUCUAAAGCCUCGAUAUGAUUUACAAGAAUAUAUUUGUUUAGUAGUGUGUCCUGCUUGCAAAAAGCUUUGAUUCACGUCAUUAAUUAGAAACUGCCUUGUUCUGGAAAUUCUCUUCAUGGAACUAGCUCCACAAGAAUUAACCAAACAGGAGAGAUAUCCAUGCCAACGCCUCAAAAUCCA